AAGUCCAAAAAUCAAGUCAGUUUUCUCUCUCUGUCCAUCACUAUCAUGAGUCAUCUUCCCUUCCCCCACACGUUGAUUAUGUAAAAUCAGCCGCAACAACAAUAGUAAUUUAGUAUAAUUCUAUUAGUGGAGUUUGAGAAGAGUAAUGUGUAUGCAUAUCUUAUUUCUACCUUAAGUUAGAGAGAUUGUUUCUGAUACAUUUUCGUCCUCUCGCUCCAAAAACUCCCCACCUUACUCUUGGAGUGAAACGAACUCACAACUUAUUAGUCGAAGGCGGACGGCGAUCACUUCCAACUAAGAUUGGCCAAAAGUCAUGUGGGACUGGUUGUGCUUCUUCUUCUGUUUCUCUAAUUUCAACCCCACCAAAUACUAUUACCCUGACCCUGAGAACCAGAAUUUGCUCCCACUUCAACAUGAUCAAAACCAAACCCCACCAUCUCCACUUUCCUUUUCCACAAUGAUUCUCACGUCUUGGCUAAGUCGUCGCCGCUUCCGGCGCUACUUGUGUCUCCUUCUUUGCUCUCCUUUUCUUCUUCCUCUCUUCUGCGCUACUUUCCCUUUUAUUUGUGCUGCCGAAAUCUGCUACCGUCUAUAUCAUCGCCGCCGCCGAUCAACGCCAUGGGAAUCGGUUAUAGAUGGAACUUGUCAAGAGAGUUUGUUGUUGCAGAGAUAUCUGGAAGAUCAACUGCUUCUUGUGUAUAAUUGUGGAUUUGGAAAUGAAGAUGAACUGGAAGAUGGGCUCGAUGUGCAAUUUAUAGAUUGUACAAGCCCUCUUUUGCAAUAACGGAAUAGAUCGCAGAGAGAUCUUUGUUUUCUCUCUUUUCUUAGUUUUUUUCUUUGGGUUUUGUAUAUAAAAGUUAACGUUGACAAUUCUUA